AGGAUCUCAUUCUCUUUGGGGCUAUAAAGACGUUGUGCCUUCAAGACAGAGCAAAUUAACUCCAUCGGCGAAUUAUUGCAUUACAAGGCAUUGCUCCGCUCAUCGGUGCGCGUCAGCGAUUAGUUUCUUUUUUUAUGGUGACAUUUGAUUAAAGCGAGCGGAUUACGGUUAAGAUGAUGGAGUAUAUGGAGGAUAAGUUUGCCUUAAAAAGCCAAGCGAUGAAGGCAAGCGAUUACUACAUGGACCAAGUCAUGGAGAGCCUGGACAGCGCGCAGUACUUCACCAAGUCUUCCCCGAAAUGCGUGCAGGCCUUCGGGCUUCAGAGCGGCGAACAUCGCUCCUCGCCCUGCGGAGACCAAAACGCCAAUUACGGUGUGCCAAAAACAGACGACGACACUUUGCACUCGGACCUCGGGAGGUCGAUGGACAAUUGUUGCACUCUUCGGGCGUCUCCAGUGACAACCGGACAGGAGAAAACGGAUUUGGACGACAUGGGAGACAAGUGCGACAGUAACGUGUCCAGCAGCAAGAAGAGGAGACACCGGACGACCUUCACCAGCGCGCAGCUGGAGGAGCUGGAGAAAGUCUUUCAGAAAACUCACUAUCCAGAUGUUUAUGUGAGGGAACAGCUGGCCAUGAGGACGGAAUUAACAGAGGCCAGAGUGCAGGUGUGGUUUCAGAACAGAAGAGCAAAGUGGAGGAAAAGGGAGCGCUACGGGCAGAUCCAACAAGCCAAAACUCACUUUGCAGCCACCUACGAUUUAUCAGUGUUACCGAGGACCGACAGCUACACACAGAUUCCUAACAACCUGUGGCCGAGCCCUGCUCCCGGUGGCUCUGUGGUGUCCUCCUGCAUGCUGCCCCGAGGCUCCCCUCCCUGCGUCACUUCCUACUCGCACUCCCCUCGUUCGGCUGCCAGUGCCACCGACCACGGCUACGUGGGCUUCCCCAAUCAGCAGAACCAGUUUGGCCACGUCUCCCUUAACAACUUCUUCAGUGCAGACUCCCUUCUCACACCGGCCGCCAACGGUCACCAUGCCUUCGAGACCAAGCCCGAGUUCGAGAGGCGCUCGUCCAGCAUCGCCGUGCUGCGCAUGAAGGCCAAGGAGCACACGGCCAACAUCUCGUGGGCCAUGUGAUCAGGGUUCCUGUGCAUGUCUGGAAAGUCUGGAUAAUGUAUGGAAAAAUAAUUUUUAGAAUUUCCAGUUUUUUACAAAGUGUGGGAAUUGCCCAAAGAGUCUGAAAUCAUAUUCAAAACAAGCUGUUUGUCACUCACAGUACAGAUCAGUACAAAUCUACUGAGUCAUAAAAAAAGGGUCUGGAUAAAGUACGUAAAUGGAAAAUAUGUGAGGAUUUGUGGUUCUCAGCUUUUUCUAAAAGCUGCAAGUCAAUAAGCUCAAGCUAGUAACAAAAAAAAAUAAAUAGCCAUAAUGUUUUGUGAGAGAAAAUUAGCUGUGUUUCUGGUCUGAGGCAGAUCUACAGUAGGGUGGACUGGUACUAUCAUUAAAAUACUUAGACAAUCAAGUGGUCAGAGACACUUGAAAGGUGGCGGUGGUCUAGACCUUCAUGUAGCUUAACUAAAGCAAUACAUUCAUAUCAUUCAGACUUUCAGGGUAAUGUCCAGUGCAUUGUUUUACAGCCCACAAACUGUUGUCCUCUGGUCCGACCAGAUGGUUGAUGAACCCUUGUGAUCUGUGGAGGUGAGAGCUGUGAUAUGAAUAAGCUUUCUUUGUUGUUGUUUUUUAAUGGGGGUCGGGAAAUCCUCAGUGUUUCCUCUUUAUCGAGACAGAAUGAAGUGUAAAAGGGAGGGGAAGCAAGAAAAACUCCAGGCUCCAGUGGGAUUCAGUCCCAGUGUGGGUACAUGUGGAUCCAGGGGGAGGGGUCCCAAACCACUAUAGCAUUUCUAAGCACUGUGAAUAAGCUUUUUUUACCUGCGCCUUUCAUCUUCCUCCCUCGUUCCAGCUCAGGACUGAAGAUGAGCAGCGUGGAGACAAACUGACUUGACGUACUGACGUGUCUGUGUGCUUUGCAGCAAAGCUCUGUAAUCUCUGUCGUCUGCCUCUGUUCUGUAUCACAGGUACGCAAUGCAGGCAAAGGAGGCAGGUUUUAAAAUUGUUUGUGUUGUAAAUUUAUCUGAUGGAAGCAUAAUAAAUGAAUGUCACUUGA